AUGAAAAGGAGAUACAGUACAUUAGUAAAAAAUAGUAUAAAGUUGAUAAAAAAUGAUGUUCCUGAAUUACCUCAAGAUGCAAUAAUAUUCAGUAUGAUUCAGCCUACGGGACCUUUCCAUUUAGGCAACUAUUUAGGUGCUAAUCGGGUGUGGAAACAAUUGAACGAUAAUAAAUUACCAACACAGACAUGUUUAUUUGGUGUAGCCGAUUUACAUGCAAUCACAGUACCUAAAUUGGAUAGUGAACAGUUCAGAGAUUUUAGAAUACAGGCCGUUGCCAGUAUAUUGUCACUUGGGAUAUCACCCGAGAAGUGCAUAGUGAGUUUCCAAUCAAUGAUACCCGAGCAUUCACAAUUGAAUUGGUUGUUGGCUACUAUUACAUCGAUGGGGUAUUUGAACAGAAUGACCCAGUGGAAAAGUAAAAGUGAGGGGGCCAGCGAAGAUCAAGUCAAGUUAGGGUUGUUUGCAUAUCCUGUAUUACAAGCAGCUGAUAUAUUGUUGUAUGGGUCCACACAUGUCCCAGUGGGAGAAGAUCAAAGUCAACAUCUGGAAUUGACUAGACAUAUUGCAAGGAAAUUCAAUAGGAUGUACAAUAGAUCAUAUUUAGUAGAACCACAGACUAUAUUAGCACCAACCAAGAAAAUUUUAAGUUUAACCAAGCCUGAAAAGAAAAUGUCAAAGAGCGAUGGCGAUUCAAUGUCCUUAAUAUAUUUAAAUGACCCACCAGAAUUGAUACAGAAAAAGAUUAAGAAAUGCUUAACAGACUCGUUAAGUGAUAGAUUUUAUUAUGACCCACAAGAAAGACCAGGUGUCUCCAAUUUAAUCAAUAUAGUCAGUGGAUUGCAAAGUAAAACCAUAGAGCAAGUUGAGUCAGAUAUUAAGAAUAUGCAUGAUUAUAAUACAUUUAAGACAUAUGUUGCAGAUAUAAUUAUUGAGAGUUUGACGCCAGUGAGAACUUGUUACAACGAAUUGAUUACAGAUCCAGGAUAUUUAUUGCAAGUGGCAACUAAAGGAAGUUUAGAUCAAGCUAGGCCUUUAGCACAAAAGACUCUGAAAAGUGUCAUGGAUAGAAUGGGAUUUUAA